CCCCUCCUCUUAGCAACAGAGCAGCAGCAAAGAUGGCUGCCCCCAGUAACGCCGAGCGCUCUCCUGAGAGGUCGGCGCCGCUGAAAACGCCGAAAACCGAGCUCCCGUCUCCAGAAUCGGACGAGCUAAGUGAUGGCAACCAGUACCAUUCCGACUCAUCAGCUCCCACCAGAUUUUCCUCUCUGAAUGUGUCCAUAUCAGGGAUGGGGGCCGGAGGCGGCCCAGCCUCUGCCUCUAACAACAGCAGCAGCAGCGUCGCUGGCAGCGGCGGAGGCUUCACAGUGUGUCGCGGCAUGUCAUGGACUCCAUCCGAAACCAACGCGCUUAUCGCCGUGUGGGGUAACGAACGACUCGCCGAGGCCCGCAUGCAGCAGCUGGAAGUUGCAGGGACGGUAUUUUCCGGCAAGGCGCCUGGACCGGCCAUGUAUGAGCGCGUUUCUAGAGCCUUGUCAGAGCUCGGAUAUGACAGGACGCCGUCUCAGUGCAGGGAGAGGAUGAAGACAUUAAGGCGAUGCUACAGCCGCGUGAAGGAGCACGGCAUUGGGAAGAGGAAGAGCAGUUACUCCAUCGAGCAGCUGGAGAAGGUGUUCGGCCAGGGCGGCUGGGACUCUCAGAGCUGCCAACCGGUGCUGAUUAACAGCAGCGGCCUCUAUCAGGAGAUGGAAUCGGACGGCAGCACGAUGGAGGACUACCCUCAAGAGGACUGGUGCAGCCAGGAUCUUUCUGCUGCUUUCCAGGAGGGAGAGAUAGAAGCUGAGGAAAUUCAACUUCCAAAGAACAGAGUUCUACAGUUAAGACCAGAGGCUUCUGAGCAUGCCCACCCACAUCGUCCUGUGAUUUCCUGCAGGCGUCAGGAAGUGAUGCAGAACGUGAUACGCAUCCUGGAAUCAGUGGACGUCAAAUGGGAGCACUUCCAGACGUGGACAGAUUUCUCACGCUUGCACCUCUCCAACAAACUAGCCAUCUUCGGCGUGGGCUACAACACACGGUGGCGAGAGGAAAUCCGCUACCACUAUGCAGAGAUCAGCUCCCAGGUACCUCUCGGGAAACGCCUGCGGGAGUACUUCAACCCGGAGAAGACAGAGGGCAGAGAGAUCAUGACCAAGGUGCAGAAGAUGAACUGGAAGAAUGUGUAUUACAAAUUUCUGGACAUCACAAUCAGUGAAGCGCGCUGCUUGGAGCUCCACAUGGAGGUGGACUGGAUUUCUAUUGCACAAACGAGCUCGUCAGGUUACAGCAACGGAUCCCAGUACCUGCUUCCUGGUGGCAUUCCGAAAACCUACGGCCUCUACGCUAUCGGAUAUGAGGAGGAGGAAGAGACUAGUAGCUUCACCUCGGAAAACUGUGGUUCUUCAGCUGGUGAGCAAGAACGAGAACUCGGUGAGAGUGAGAAUAAGCGGAGGAGGACUUCAUCCAAAGUAACUUACUGCUACCUCGGCAUAGCAGAAGAUCGCACGCUUCAGCAAUGCCUCUUCCAGCACUUUCAGAAUUCAGGGAAGUGUUGUAGUCGUCCUGAGCUCGCCAUCACCAAGUUUCUGCAGGAAAACUGCUCCAGGGAUGGUGGCUUCUCCUCCGUGUACAUUAAAUUCAUUGAAGUAGAGCUGGACUUUCUUUCAGCUGGAUCCCUGGUGGAAUGUUUAGAAACGGCAAUUGGAUAUACGUUGAAGUUCAACAAAAAGGACACCUUGUGACGAACAGUCUGUCCUGUAGAUUUGUACGACUGUCCUGAAGAGAUCUCGACCCAGCUCAGCUUCCACUCUAGAUAUUUCAGCCAGCAAAGAAUAACUCUAGAGCUGAAACCGAACAGCAUCUAGAUCUUUUCAGUGUAGUUGCAACAGCAGUUUAACAUGUUCAGGAAGGUUAAUGUUCCUCCCUUGCAGUAGACUUAAUCAGGGAGCUGUGGAACUGUUGAAGUUAAAAUGGCGGGCCUGAUGGCAUCUAGACGAUGCCAUAUCCAUUUUAAAACUGCCUUUAUUUUUAUCAUCCUAUCUGUGCUUCGAAGGAUUCAAGUGUAUGUGGAGACAUGGCACUUUUUACAUUUCCCAUCAGAGAAGAAAUGAGGGGAAAUGAAAGUUUAUUGCUGUAGAGGUCUAUAUAAUAUAUAUUUAUGAAUAUUGAUGUUAAGCAUUCCAGCAUUUUCAGGAAAUUGCAUUCAGAUGUUUUCAGUAUACCAGUAUUUGUUUAUAUUUCUUUUUUUCUUGUGAACUCACACAGUGUCUUUAUGUAUAACUGUUUCCAGAUCACAGUAUUGUUUACAUGAAUGGAGGAAAAAACAAAUAAAUAAUAAA